AUGGGUGGUAGCCCACCAGCUCUCCUGCACCCACACCACCAGGGUCAGCUUUCCAGCACCGCCUCAUUAGCUUACCCAAGGGGCGGAGCCAGCUCUCCAGCUCUCCAGCUCUUGGGGCUGGCUCACCCUAGCUCCUACCAUCAGGGUGUUUACUUGUUACUCAAACAUUGUUUUUAUUUUUCAGAUCUUUCCAGAAACCGCUUUACAGAAAUUCCUUCAGAUGUGUGGCUAUUCGCACCACUUGAAACAUUAAACCUGUAUCACAAUUGCAUCAAAACCAUUCCUGAAGCCAUUAAGAAUUUGCAGAUGUUAACAUACCUUAACAUCAGUCGAAAUCUUCUAUCAACAUUGCCAAAAUAUCUAUUUGAUCUUCCCCUUAAAGUUUUGGUUGUCAGUAAUAAUAAACUCGUAUCCAUUCCAGAAGAAAUUGGAAAAUUAAAAGAUUUGAUGGAGUUGGAUAUUAGCUGCAAUGAGAUUCAGGUUCUUCCUCAACAAAUGGGAAAAUUACAUUCACUUAAAGAGCUAAAUAUAAGAAGAAAUAAUCUUCAUGUUUUGCCAGAUGAAUUAGGAGAUCUCCCCUUAGUCAAACUUCAUGUUUUUCGUUUACAGAUAUGUUUAAAGGGUAAAGUACACAUAUUUAAGUACUUAAAUAUACAAGCUUGUUGUAGGAUGGAUAAGAAACCAGACUCCCUGGAUCUCCCAUCACUGAAUAAAAGAAUGCCUUCUCAGCCCCUUACAGACAGCAUGGAAGAUUUUUAUCCAAACAAAAAUCAUGGCCCUGACUCUGGAAUCGGAAGUGAUAAUGGAGAGAAGCGAUUGUCUACAACGGAACCAUCAGAUGAUGACACAAUCAGCCUUCACUCUCAAGUCUCAGAAUCGAACAGAGAGCAGACCUCAAGAAAUGACCCUCAUACAACAGGAAGCAAGCCUGAUUCUCAGAAAGACCAGGAGGUGUAUGAUUUUAUUGAUCCCAACACGGAAGACGUAGCAGUUCCUGAACAAGGAGAUACACACAUUGGAUCAUUUGUUUCUUUCCUUAAGGGGAAAGAAAAGUGCUCUGAAAAAUCUCAGAAAAAUGAAGAACCAGCAAAUGAAAAAAAACUUGACAAAGAGCAGUUACUUCCAGAAGAUGAUGAUGAUUUGAAAGAAGUAACUGAUUUGAGGAAGAUCGCUGCUCAGUUACUGAAGCAAGAACAGAAGAACAGGAUUCUUAAUCAUUCAACUUCUGUCAUGAGAAAUAAGCUGAAACAAACUGUGGAAUGUGAAAAGAGUGUCUCAGCAGAUGAAGGGAAUUCACCAUUAUCACCUCUUGCAUGGCAGCCAUUAGAAAAUCAGAAGGAUCAAAUAGUUGAUCAACAGUGGCCGGAAUCUCAGCCUAUAAUCUGGCAAAAUGAAGAGAGGAGACGGAGCAAGCAGAUCAGAAAAGAAUAUUUCAAGUACAAAUCUACAAGGAAGAAUUCGAGUGGCAAUGAGAAUGAGGAGCAAGAGAGUGAUAAUGCUCAUAUGUCACCACAGUCUCCAGUAUCAUCUGAGGAAUAUGACAGGUCUGAUGGCUUUUCACAUGGUCCCUUUGGCUUGAAACCUAGAUCAGCCUUCAGUCGUGCGUCUCGUCAAGAAUAUGGGGCAGCAGAUCCAGGAUUUACAAUGAGAAGAAAGAUGGAGCAUUUACGGGAAGAGCGUGAACAGAUAAGGCAGCUUCGCAAUAAUCUUGAAUCCAGAUUAAAAGUCAUUUUGCCUGAUGACAUAGGAGCCGCACUGAUGGAUGGAGUUGUUCUUUGCCAUUUGGCCAACCACAUAAGGCCACGCUCUGUAGCUAGUAUUCAUGUACCAUCACCAGCUGUGCCCAAGCUGAGCAUGGCAAAAUGUCGAAGAAAUGUAGAAAAUUUUCUUGACGCUUGCAAAAAGUUGGGUGUUUCACAGGAGAGACUGUGCUUACCUCACCAUAUUUUGGAAGAGCGAGGUCUUGUGAAAGUUGGUGUCACAGUUCAGGCCCUCCUUGAAUUACCUACUACAAAGGCAUCUCAGCUUUCUAUGGCUUGAUGUGACAUUACAAACAUUAUGCGUGUAUAAUUUCAUGUAUUUGAAAUGAUUUCAGAUAUCUCAAAACCAUGAAGAAGAAUGUCCAGUAAAAACAGUUUGCCUUAGGUUUCUUUUCUUUUUUUUUAAAUUACAAUAAGAUAUCAGAUAUAAACUCUGAGUGGUCCAAGCAAUUUUUGGAGGAAAAUUGGAUUACUUCAAUAAGAGUUUUUGAUAAAUUAAAAUUCUCCUUUUAUUUUGUGACUCAGUAAACUUGAUGAAUUUUCAGAAUGCAAAUUGAUACAAAAUUGAAAAUAUACUUUCAAUUUAGCCAUCACAUUAAGUUGAAUAUUUUUUACAUCACUGUAUACUAGUGAACAUCUAGGUAAAGUAAUCAUAUUUUAGGAAAACAAUUCUAUAUUUGAGUUAUUUCAUAUACUUCUAGCUUAUACACAAUCUCUUCAAUAUUUUGUCUUUGUUUCUUAGCAAAAAUGAGUAGAAAAAUCAAAACCCUGGCAUUAUUCAAUUCUUUUAGUAUUAUCAGUUGGUGCCAAAUUAUUUUCAGUUAAUACUGUAGGUUGUUUACAUGUGAAGUGCCUGUGUAAUUGAUGAAUCUGAAAUAGUCUUAAGCAUUUUUGCAAUUUUUUUUUAUGUAUUAAUAGAAUUGAUGGAAUUUCUAAAUAUUUUGGUAGGUUUUGUAUGGUCAGUAAUAUGUGAGGAUUUAAAUGUGCCUCACAUUGAUGGUUUCUUAGUUAAUCCAUUGCAGUUUCCCUUGAAUUGGUUAUUUCAUGUUGUCAAAAAAUGUUAAUAUGCUUAAUUUAUGCUAUUUAAUUUUGCAAAACCAUAAUCAUCGUUUUAAUCACUUUAUCUGAAGAAUAUUUUAUUUCUGUGUUGACAACAUUACACAAAGCAGUAAAGCUUUGGAAAGCUAGGGAAGUACUAAUUGUCAAGGAUAUUUGGAUGCAACUGCUAUGUUUGGGUUCAUAUCUCAACUUAGCAGAACAUUCAGUACAUCAGUGCGACCUUGCACAUUCAGAAAGUGGCUACAAAGAAACAGGUUUUGACUCAAAAUCUGGCCCUUUCUGGAGCAUGUAUAACUUAUGAUCCUCAAGUAUCUUGAUGUUGAAUUAAACACAGUCUGGUUCAUGGAAUAGUAUGUUCAAUUAGGUCCUUGCUUGAUUUGGAGAUGGAUAAACUUACAGUGAUUCUAGUGCAGGAAUUUUUUCCAAAACUUUAUUGUGAUAUCUAACUCAGUUUCCUAUAAAAGAGCCUUCAUGUUCACUUUUGUAGUAGCCAAGCAAGUAUCAUUUCUUAACUGUGUGAUUAUUUGCACUUAUUACCUCUUAAUAUGGAUGCAACUUAGUAAAAGCGUUGGUCUAGGAUAUUUCAAAGGGCAUUUAUAAAGUAUAAAAUGUCAUGUGCCAAAUACUAUGGUAAGGAUUGGUUUUAAGAAUAAAUCUACUUUUUUUGGUAGUCAUUAUGAAGCCAUACAUUUCAAUCUUGGCUUCAGAAUGCAGAUGUGUUUUUACAUUCCCCAGAAGUAAAAUUGGAACUAUUAAAGAGUCAAAGCUUUUUAUACUGUAAGUUUUAAGAAUUAAAUUAUUAAUAAUUUAUUAUUUAAAUAAUUGAUCAAAUUAGUUAUGACUGAAUAGUUGGAUCUGAAAUUAUCCCCAAUGACAUAAUGAAUCUCCUUAGUGAAAAUCUGGGUAAUAUAGGUGAUUUAGUAUGUACCUUAGUUGAUGAAUUUUUAACCUUGACAGUUGACAGCAUUACAAAUUUAAAAACUUUUAGCAACCAAAACAAUCAUUCAUACUUCUCUCCUGGUUAUUGUGCUAUAGAAUUGCUCUUAUUACUUAAUCUUGUAUUAUUUUCCAAGUAGUUUUGUGCAUCGUUAUUAUUGAAAUAGUUGUGAUUUUUUUUAGACAGUUCUUUUACUACAUUUCACUUGUUAGUUAACUAUUACCUUGAAGAGAAAACACACCAGAAUUUUGGUGUUCCUUCUUUAUAGCAAAUACAAACUGUUUUCAAGAUGGGCCCCCUUGAAGUCCUUAGCAUUGCAGUUAAUCUCUUAUUGUGCCAAAAGGCAAUAACAACAUCACUUCUAAGGCAGUUUUUCAGCAUAGUCCACAAUGACAAACUUAUACCAAAACCGUGACAUAUUUCUGUUAGUAGUUAAGUGUAAAUUUUAUGCUAAAUGUUUUUAAAACAUAUAUUUACUUCAUCAAUUAUUGAUUUAAGAAUCAUUAUCAUUAUUUGAUGGUUUUGUGAUUUGAGGAGGAUUGAAUAAUCAAAGAAUAUUUUAUUGGGCCCAAAAUAUCAUUAGAUAGCUACUUCUGUUAAACUUUAUGACCAUAUGGCACAAGAAAGAAGUGAUGUUGGAUAUGUUUGAAUUGAAAUGAGUAAAAAUGCAUAACCAUUUGUUUAAUAAUUAUCUUUAUAGAAUGCUAGUUUAAUGACUUUUCUAACUGAAUUUUUUGAAGAAUUCAGAAAUGUUUGUAUUAGUCACAGAUUUAUCAUAAUUGAUUUUCUGAUGCAUUUAAAAAUAAAUGGAACACUAAAUGUAUAUUACCGAUGCAAACUGUGGAUAAAAUCAAAUGAAAAAAAUCUAA